GAGAGAGGAGCGUGGGCACGGCCGCGAGAGUCGUGGUCCGGACGUGCAGUAAGUAUUUGGUGGAGAUCCAGAGCAUCAGAUUCUCUCAUGAAGCGGACCGCGGUGCGUAGUAGGUACAACAAUUUGUUGUUCUGGACGAUGAAUAUAUGAUCGCGCGAAAUCAAUAAUGUUUUUUCAGCUGUUGUGCGACGAGGACGGCGACAGCCCGUGUCGCAGCCUCAAAACCGUGCUGACGGCGCUGGGGGGACUCUUGUUUCUCCUGCUACUUUCCACGCUUUCCUGCCUGGAGGGGUUGGACCCGAAUGAGUACGGCAUUUUACAGAACUCGCUGACCGGGUCACUGCUGGAAGACGGUCGCGCGUACCGCGGCGGCCUGCACUACGUGGGCUUCUUCAAAAAAUUUCUGCUGUUCCCGGCGACCUACCAGCUGGUGGAAUUUUCCAACCACACGGCCGCCGACCGGAGACCCGUCCGCACCCGCACGGGAGCCGACCCGAGCGACCCCGACAGCGGCGGACAGCCCAUCGACAUCUCGGCGAGUUUCGAAUUUGUGCUGAACCGGGAAAACCUGAAGGACAUCUACACCUCCUUUGGCGGCUACGAGGCGGCGCGUGACCGGUGGCUGCUGUUGUCCUACAACCAAAUAUCGAACAUCGCGCAGCGCUUCACGCCGCAGGAUUUCUGGACCAAGCGACAUCUGAUCGCGGAACGGAUGCUAUCCCAGCGUAUAAUAGUACACUAGAGAUGAAAACACGCUUGUUGCGGCCGCGAUCAUUUGAUGUGCCCUGCUAGUCCUUCUGGGGACCUACUAGAGGUCGGUGUGGAGAAUUUUCCUACAGUCGCAUCAAAAUGUUGAUAGUGAUGUAGUAGUGAGACGCAGUCGUGCCUUUGCGGCGCCGUGUCGAGGGUCCUCCAUCGUUUUAUGUAAGUGCUGAAGUUUGAAUACGAAUAAAGCGAAUUUUGCAAGUUCGUGGUCGGCACUUGACAUGAUUUACCGCCGCCGAGCUUGUCGGCUGUUUAUGUUUUUCUCAACGUGGAUGCAUUCGUGCCGGGGUGAACGAAACACUGUCGGAGCUUGGUUACGUUUCGGUGCCCCUGUUUCAGAUUCUCCGGGUGGACUUCGACCAAAAGUUCGAGGACACGAUAACGCAAAUUCAAGUCGCGGAACAGCAGAAGGUGGUGAAUGAGUACCAGCAGAAGGUGGUGGAAGUGGAGCAGAAACUAUUCACUUUGGUGGCCGAGAACGACGCCCUUAUCACCAACAUCACGGCGGGCGGCGCGGCGGAAGCCGCGAAGAUCGUCGCGCACGCGCGGCAGUACCAAAAUGAAGUAUCAAUCUCUUCCCCCCCAUAGUCAGUACUUACUUCUCGGAGCGAGAUUUGCUGAAUGUUUACUUGGCAUGAUUUUUUUCGUGCGACAGAACAUAAAAAGUCGAAAAUAAAUGGAGCCGUCGGUACUACGGUUGUUUUUCGCAGUAUCACAAAUGAUCCCCGCGAUGUUUUCACGGUUCUGACCCUAUGCCGCUCUAGCGCCUGCGGAGGCUUGCCUCCCCAGCGAUAGUGGACAACGGCAAUGUCGGCGCGGUUGUUUUAGCAUCACAAAUGAUCCCCUACUUCAGCCUUUGUUUUGAGUAGUUUCUUUGGGGGCUACUUUUCCUCUGAAUAGCCAGCAGGCGUUCAUCAUGGUGCAAGACGAGAAGGCGAAGAGCUUGGACAUGCUGCGGGCCACGCUCGCGUGGAGGCAGAACGCCACCUACCUGGAGCGGUACCUGGAUCUAAAGGGGAUCAGCGACAGUGCGCGGGAUGAAUCCAGGAGCAGGCCUGGCGGAACUGGAAAUACGGACAAGGUCAAGGACGCAGUUCGGGGUAGAAGUACCUCCCCCGGAAGCAAGAUUUUGGUGAACCUUCCAAGUCCAGUAGUGAACUUUUGAAGUAUCAAGCUGUCGGCAACAAGAACUCCGUAGUAGUUUAGAAGUUGGCCCCGGUUCCGAAAUUAGACGCUGAAAAGGCAAACUGAAAUCGACUGCGGUUUGUGGGAUAAGUAACAGGAGCUGGUAGCUGAAGCGCAUAAAUUGCCUUACGUCCUCCUCGUCCGGCGCAGAUAUUGAUUCUGGUUGUCGCAGCUACAACGCCGGCCUACGCUCUCCUGCAAUGACUCUGACGCAACUGUUUCUUUGUUAUCGCUGAAUACCAAAUAUUUCUCGGAAAAGCAUAGAAUCGUAUGUACAGAGGUCGUCGUGACUCAUCAUGAUCGUUGUUGUCGUCGUCGCAAUUUUCAUUUUUCCGUGAUGGGAAUCAUCUUACUAG